AUGCUCGCUCGAGGCAAUCAGUCUGUAUCCCACUGUCCAAUAGCGAAUCAAUCCGAGGAUGCCAUCGAAAUCGCCAGGCAUAUGUGGUUAUUUUGCGACGAAUGUCGUACGAAACGAAUCACUAAACUGCUCCAACGAAAACCUUUAAACGGUUUACGAGAUGCACCACCANUCCAUCCAUCCGAAAAAUCGGACGCAGAGAAUGGUAAUCGCCCGAAAAGAGAAAGGGAAAGGAAGCAGGAUGCAGGAAAAUCAACUUACAUUCCGGAUGGCCUCCAAAUCAAUCGUUUAAUGAAGGCUGGCAUUACAAAACGUGAGGCCGUGCAGAAAUUUGUUGAUGAAAAGCGACAGGAAGCGUUGGCAAAAAAAGCGAAGGAAAUGGAAGCACAAGCAAAUGAAAAGAAGGCCGAAGAGGCUGCAAACAAGAAAGUAAACGUCUAUCUGAUACAGUUAUAUGUUUAG